AUGAAGUCAAUCAUAUCCUCUUUGUUUGCUCUCUCUUUGCUUUCUUCAUUCACAAUCACAGCUCAUCAAUGCCAUUUCCCAGCAAUCUUCAACUUCGGUGACUCUAACUCCGAUACCGGAGGCCUCUCCGCCGCUUUUGGCCAAGCUGGUCCUCCUCACGGUUCUUCUUUCUUCGGCUCACCCGCCGGGAGGUACUGCGAUGGUCGCCUCGUCAUUGAUUUCAUAGCGGAGAGUCUUGAACUGCCAUAUCUAAGUGCGUUUCUUGACUCGGUUGGUUCGAACUUCAGCCAUGGCGCUAACUUCGCGACGGCGGGAUCCCCGAUCAGAGCUCUCAACUCCACUCUUCGUCAAAGUGGAUUCAGUCCGUUUUCACUCGAUGUUCAGUUUGUCCAAUUCUCCAAUUUCCACGACAGAUCUCAAACAGUUCGUAGUCGCGGGGGAAUUUAUACGACGAUUCUGCCUGAAGCCGACAGUUUCUCAAAGGCAUUGUACACUUUCGACAUAGGUCAAAACGAUCUCACCGCUGGUUACUUCGCCAAAAAAACCGUCGAACAACUUGAAACCUAUGAUGUUCCUGAGAUCAUCAGCCAGUUCAAGACAGCUGUCACGAAUAUUUACGCACAAGGAGGGAGAUACUUCUGGAUUCACAACACAGGACCAAUCGGUUGUUUACCGUAUGUGAUCGAAUGGUUUCCGCUUCAAGCAUCAGAGUUUGAUUCACAUGGAUGUGCCUCUUCCUUGAACCAAUUAGCGCAACGCUUUAACAACGCCUUGAAACAAGCCGUGAUCGAGCUAAAAGCUUCCUUGUCCGAAGCAGCCUUCACUUACGUGGAUGUCUACUCUGCCAAACAUGAGUUGUUUGUUCACGCCCAGGGUCACGGAUUCAAGAGGUCGUUAGUUUCAUGUUGUGGUCAUGGAGGGAAAUACAACUACAACAAGCACAUUGGUUGUGGGAAGAAAGUGGUUGUGAAAGGCAAAGAGAUUUACGUUGGAAAGCCUUGCGAUGAGCCUAACAAGGCCGUCGUGUGGGACGGUGUCCACUUCACGCAGGCUGCUAAUAAAUUCAUCUUCGAUAAGAUCGCCACCGGAUUAAGCAUGGCUUGUCACAGGCAUUGA